AUGCUAAGAUUUGUGUUCCUAUUCGUUUUCAUGUUUCAUUUUCAUCAAGCAUCAGGUACACUUGUCCGAAAGUGUUGUCUUUCGAUUCAUUAUGUAAUCAUAGAUAAUCUAUCAUUUCGAACUCAAUGCCAAUCUAAUUGGCAUUAUCUUUCUCAACAGUCACUUUGCGUUAUGUUUGCUACGUCAGAAAUCGGCGAUGUGCCAUGGUACGAUGGAUAUAAAGGAUGUCAAAGUACUAGCGCACAGCUGUUAACAUUGACACAAUCGAAUAAAUUGCGGUCAAUUGAGAAUAAAAUCUAUGAUUUAGAGAAGAUUGAUCAAAUUGAUUUUGAUUAUAUUCAACGUGGUUCAUGGAUUGGCAAGGCGAAAUGGUCAAAUGAUGAUCUAUGUGACAGUAUGAGUACAACGAAGGAAGAUCUCGAGUUUAAUUGUAUGAUAAUCACUAUGCGUUCAGGAGAUCAAUCAUUAUGCUUAAAAAGAGUUUCGUGUACAGAAAAUCAUCCAUUUAUAUGUGAAAGUACGGCAUUGACAGCGAAAGAAUUAAUUGAAAACACGAUAGAAAGAUUAACAUGGUGGAAGUGUGUCAUAUUGAUAUGGUGUAUUAUUGACGACCAAGUUAAAAAAAAGAAAGAAAAAGAAGCACUAGAAGCUCAAAAAGCAGAAAUUCAAGCUUAUGUUUCUCAAUUUGAUUUUGAAAUACCUCCGGACUCCGAACUACCAAACAUCCAGUUACCUUUAGCAGCAGCAGGGGAAGAAGAAGAAGAAGCUGAACCGCUUGUUGUAGGAGGUUAUCAAGUACCAUCAUGGUUGAUUUUGACUGUCGGAGGAAUGAUAUUUGUAGGCGUGAUAUGUUGUUGUUGUCUCGGUCUACUUGCGUUCAUUCCAAAUCGAUAUGUUCAAGCAAUUAAUGAGAGUUGUGGAGGAAAUAAACCGCUAUGUGAUGAACCAUUGAAGUGUAUAGGUGGGCGUUGUUUGUGUUCGCCGGUGGGAAGAGCACGUGAUAAAGAUCAGUUUACUUUUUGGGCAAACGAGAAAUGUCAUCCAUGCCCAACUGGAUAUUAUAAUACAGCUACGAAAUGUUUUAAUUUGGUGUACACUAAAGGUAGUCAAUUGACGUGGGAACGUGCACGUGAACGUUGUAAAGAACAGGAUGGCGACUUACUUGUCUUCCGUUCUGAUGAAGAGUAUUAUUCGAUGGAAGCGUCCAUCAAAAGUCUUUCAAAUGAUAUGGAAAUGCCUCAACGAGUACCACAAGAUGGUACCUAUUUCGCUAGUAUAUGGCUUGGAAUUAAAUUAGCCGAUUGGCGUGGAAACGGACGUUUCAAUCUUGUCGCUGAUGGGCCAACUCUAACUAAAAAAAAUCAACAUUGGUGUGGACAAAGCUCACCUCUUGGACAUGAACCAAAUUAUGUGCAAUUAAAAGCCACUGGAGAGCGUCAAGCAUGCGUCGGUUUAGCCCUGUUCAAAGAUGGUUCUGUUUGCAUGCAUGAUUGGUUUUGCAGUUGGGAAUCGUAUACACUUUGUGAAGUUCAUCCUCCACCGCUUGAAACUAGUACAGAUAUACCCGAAGCAUUAGAAAAAAAAUCUAGUGGAAUGAUGGGUUAUGUCGUUAUUAUUACUGUUGUGGUACUGUUUUUGGGAUGUAUAAUUGGUGCUACUUAUUAUUUAUUCAAGAAGAAAAAACGACGCGGACGUGCACGAUCGUUUGAUUCGGGAGAAAGCGGACUAUCGCAAAAUUCGCUCUACUAA